AACAAGACUUUGAAGUUGUACUUAUCUCUGUAUAUAUAGAGAGGAGGGAUAGCUGAUUGUCCUGGUCUGCUCGUCGAACCGCCUUCCAUGCCCAGCUGGAGCUGAGCCCCACCACUUACGCCGCCGCUUCUUCUUUCUUUCCUCCUCCUCCUCCUCCGCCUCCGCCGCCGCCUCCCCAUUUACCACCAAAGAAGACGACGACGAAGACGGAGAAGAAGAACAAUCCCCCAUUCUCUCUCCCUUCCUCCUACCUUCCUGGUAGAGUCAGGGUUGUCUGCUUUUGCAUGAUCUUUCGUAUUCCAUUCCCCCUCUGUUUCAUCCUGCAUUUUCCGCCUUUGUCACACCCAUAAAUCCCCCACACAGCACGUUUUCAAGCGGAGAGAUUGAGUUGAGGGGCAAUCAAUGGAUUCCCUAUGGUCCAUUCUGUCAUCCUCCAUACCGUACCUUCUCUCUUUAGCGGCGUUGCUGGUGUUUGUCGAGCAGGUACUGUACUUGAAGAAGAAAGGCUCGAUUCCGGGCCCCGCGCUUGUGUUGCCGUUCAUCGGCAACGCCGUAUCCCUGGUCCGCGACCCGACCCGGUUUUGGGACGAACAGGCGGCGACGGCGAAGUCCUCGCCUCUUGGCAUCUCCGCGAACUACGUAAUCGGGAGGUUUAUUGUGUUCAUCCGCUCCAGCGACCUUUCUCACAAGGUGUUCGCGAAUGUCCGGCCCGAUGCUUUUCACCUCAUCGGCCAUCCGUUUGGAAAAAAGCUGUUCGGUGAGCACAACCUCAUCUACAUGUUCGGCCAAGAUCAUAAGGAUCUUCGCCGCCGUAUAGCGCCAAAUUUUACUCCCAAGGCGCUGGCGACUUAUACCUCGAUUCAGCAGCGGAUUAUACUGGAGCAUUUGAUUCGGUGGCAGAGGCUGUCGGCGGAAUCGGCCGGCAAGCCGAUCAGUCUGCGGCUGCUCUGUCGCGACAUGAAUCUGGAGACCUCGCAGACGGUGUUUGUCGGCCCGUAUUUGAGCUCUGAAGCGCGGAAGAGGUUCAAUUUCGAUUACAACUUGUUCAAUGUGGGGCUGAUGAAGCUUCCGAUCGACCUGCCAGGAUUCGCAUUCCGAGAGGCGAGGGUCGGAGUGAAGAGGCUCGUCGAAACCCUAGCAGUUUGCGCCGUGGAGAGCAAGAGGAAGAUGAAGCAGGGGCACGAACCGACGUGCCUGAUCGAUUUCUGGAUGCAGGAGAUGGUGCGGGAGGAGGAUGCCGCUGAGGCGGCCGGGUCGCCGCGACCGCCGCACACCACCAGCGACGAGAUUGGCUGCCACCUCUUCGACUUCCUCUUCGCGGCUCAGGACGCCUCCACAUCCUCCCUCCUGUGGGCGAUCACGCUCCUCGACGCUCAUCCGGAUGUCCUCGCCAAGGUCCGCCGCGAGGUCGCCGGAAUCUGGUCCCCGGAGUCCAACACGCCAAUCGGGCCCGAGCAGCUCCGGGAGAUGAAAUACACCGAGGCGGUGGCACGCGAGGUCCUCAGAAUCCGCGCGCCGGCGACGCUCGUCCCGCACAUCGCCGGCGAGGACUUCCCGCUGACAGAGAGCUACACUGUCCCCAAAGGCGCAAUCGUAUUCCCCUCCGUCUACGAGUCCUCAUUCCAGGGGUUCGUCGAGCCGUUCCGGUUCGACCCGGACCGGUUCAUGGAGGAGAGGCAAGAGGACCGGCUCUACAAGAAGAACUUUCUAGUAUUCGGAGCAGGGGCCCACCAGUGCGUGGGCCAGAGAUACGCCAUCAAUCACCUCGUCCUCUUCAUCGCCAUGUUCGCAUCGGUGCUUGACUUCGGGCGCCAGCGGACGGACGGCUGCGAUGAGAUCGCUUACGUGCCGACGAUUUGCCCCAAGGACGAUUGCAGAGUUUUCCUCUCCCAGCGGUGCGCAGCGUAUCCCACGCUCUCGUGACAAAAUUACCAUUCUGUCCAUAUUUAUCCUCAUUGAUCUUUAUUCAAUUUGUUGUGCGUUAUUCAUAUUUGCCACUUGAAAAACCAAAAAAAAAGAAAAAGAAAUUGUGCAGACUUUGGGGGGGGGGGGGUGUGCUGUUCCAUUCGUUAGUGUUUCUCUUUUUCCAGUUCAAAGAGAUUUGUUUGAUCAGAUGGCUUAGGAUUCUUUUGUGGAAGAAACAAAAACAUUGGGUUAAAUUUAAAAAUAUUUGUUAGUAA